AUGCAGAGCUGCGCCAAGUCCUGGGGGGUCUUUUUGGCCAAGUCGGUGAAUCCCGGCGCACCGCGCAGGCAUUUGAGCGAUAAGAGCCGCGUGGUUUGGAAACUUCAGUGUAAGAUCCGAAACAGCUGCGCAUCCCUCACAACAGCAGCCCGGGGUCUGAGGACGUCUGCAGCCGUCUCCUCCAGGCAGAUAGAAAGGAUUUUACCCAGACAUGAUGAUUUUGCAGAGCGCCACAUCGGUCCAGGUGAGAGGGAGAAGAGAGACAUGCUGGAUGUUCUGGGACUCGAGUCAAUCGACCAGUUGAUUGAAAACACGGUACCGUCUUCUAUCCGUUUGCAGAGGAGCUUGAAGAUGGAUGAUCCAGUCUGUGAGAAUGAGGUUCUGGAGUCUCUUCAAAAAAUUGCAUCAAAAAACAAAGUAUGGCGGUCCUACAUCGGCAUGGGUUACUACAACUGCUCGGUGCCGCCGCCCAUCCAGCGCAACCUCCUGGAGAAUGCAGGCUGGGUGACUCAGUACACGCCUUACCAGCCCGAGGUCGCUCAGGGUCGCCUGGAGUCUCUUCUCAACUACCAGACCAUGAUCUGUGACAUCACAGGCAUGCCUGUGGCUAACGCCUCUCUGCUCGAUGAGGGAACGGCUGCUGCUGAGGCCAUGCAGCUCUGUCAUAGACAAAACAAAAGAAGAACCUUCUACAUCGACCCACGCUGCCAUCCUCAGACUAUUGCUGUGGUGCAGACCAGAGCUAACUAUAUUGGGGUAAAAACGAUUCUAAAGCCGCUUCAUGAGAUGGACUUCAGUGGGCAAGAUGUGAGCGGUGUGCUGUUUCAGUAUCCAGACACUGAUGGCAGGGUGGAAGACUUCACUGCGCUCGUAGAUCGAGCACACAAGGGAGGGGCCCUGGCUUGCUGUGCCACAGACCUGUUAGCCCUCUGUGUUUUGCGCCCCCCUGGAGAAUUUGGUGUUGAUAUCGCACUGGGCAGCUCGCAGAGGUUUGGGGUUCCUCUCUGCUACGGUGGUCCGCAUGCUGCCUUUUUUGCUGUUAAAGAAAACCUGGUCCGGAUGAUGCCUGGCCGAAUGGUUGGAGUCACCAAGGAUGCAGCUGGUAAAGAAGUGUAUCGUCUCGCACUGCAGACCAGAGAACAGCACAUCCGCAGAGACAAAGCAACCAGCAACAUCUGCACUGCGCAGGCUCUGCUGGCCAACAUGGCUGCUAUGUAUGCACUGUAUCAUGGCCCCCAGGGACUUAAACACAUUGCUAAGCGGACUCAUGGUGCUGCUUUGAUCCUUGCAGAAGGUCUGAAGAGAGCGGGACACCGGCUACACAGCGACGUGUUCUUCGACACGCUAAAGAUCAACUGCAGCGUGGCUGCCAAAGACAUCCUGGAGAGAGCGGAGCAGAGGAAGAUAAACCUGCGAGUCUACACUGAAGGAGUGUUGGGCGUCUCUCUUGAUGAAACUGUGACUGAGCGGGAUUUGGAUGACCUGCUCUGGGUCUUCGGCUGUGAAUCUUCCGCUGAGCUGAUAGCUGAAAAGAUGGGCGAGCGGGUGAAGGGGAUCAUGGGAAGUCCUUUCAAGAGGACAAGCAAAUACCUUACACACCCAGUCUUCAACAGUUACCAUUCUGAGACCAACAUUGUGAGAUACAUGAAGCGUCUGGAGAAUAAGGACCUCUCCUUAGUGCACAGCAUGAUCCCCCUGGGCUCCUGUACCAUGAAGCUAAACAGCUCAUCGGAGCUCAUGCCCAUCACCUGGAGGGAGUUUGCCAACAUCCAUCCCUUCGUGCCCCUGGAUCAGGCAGAAGGCUACCAGAAACUCUUCAGACAGCUGGAGAAAGACCUCUGUGAGGUGACGGGCUAUGACAAGAUCUCCUUCCAGCCAAACAGUGGUGCUCAGGGAGAAUAUGCAGGCCUGGCUGCCAUAAAAGCCUACCUGAACUCAAAGGGGGAGAGUUCAAGAAGUGUUUGUCUAAUCCCCAAGUCGGCACAUGGCACCAACCCAGCGAGCGCUCAGAUGGCAGGUAUGAAGGUUCAAGUGGUGGAGGUGGAUAAGGAUGGCAACAUCGACCUAUCUCACCUGAAGGCCCUGGUGGACAAACACAAAGCGAACCUGGCGGCCAUGAUGAUCACCUACCCCUCCACAUUUGGCGUGUUUGAAGAACAUAUCGGGGACGUAUGUGACCUCAUUCACAAAAACGGUGGCCAAGUGUACCUGGAUGGUGCCAACAUGAAUGCCCAGGUGGGCUUGUGCCGUCCUGGAGAUUACGGGUCAGAUGUUUCUCACCUAAACCUGCACAAAACCUUCUGCAUCCCUCACGGCGGAGGAGGGCCCGGCAUGGGGCCGAUUGGCGUGAAGGCCCACCUUGCCCCCUUCCUACCGAGCCAUCCGGUGGUUUCCAUGCAGUCGGUCAACACCAGCAGCUCCCUGGGCACCAUCAGCGCUGCUCCCUGGGGCUCCAGUGCCAUCCUGCCAAUCUCCUGGGCUUACAUUAAGAUGAUGGGAUCCAAGGGACUGCGGCAUGCUACAGAAGUGGCCAUCCUUAAUGCCAACUACAUGGCCAAGAGGCUGGAAGCUCACUAUAAAAUCCUUUUCAGAGGCAGGAAAGGUUUUGUAGCCCACGAGUUCAUUCUGGAUGUGAGACCAUUCAAGAAGACGGCCAAUAUUGAGGCUGUUGAUGUGGCCAAGAGGCUGCAGGAUUACGGUUUCCAUGCACCCACCAUGUCUUGGCCAGUGGCAGGUACUCUUAUGAUUGAGCCCACAGAAUCAGAGGACAAGGCUGAGAUGGACCGUUUCUGUGAUGCCCUGCUUGCCAUCAGACAGGAGAUCACAGACAUCGAGGAGGGAAGGAUGGACUCCCGCAUCAACCCGCUCAAGAUGGCCCCCCAUUCUUUGGCAUGCAUCUCAGUCUCCAAUUGGGACAGACCCUAUUCCAGGGAGUGUGCUGCUUUCCCCUUGCCCUACAUAAAGCCCGAGACCAAAUUCUGGCCAAGCAUCUCCAGGAUCGAUGACAUCUAUGGCGACCAGAACCUUGUGUGCACCUGCCCACCCAUGGAGGUGUACGAGUCUCCGUAUGAGGAGAAGAGAGCCUCCUCUUAGAUGCCCUCUAUGGCUCAGUCCCAAUGUCCAGCCUGCGCUCUAAACCUCAGAUUUUAAACACCUGUGACUUCAUCUUUGUAUUUAACAUUAGUACCUUUUUAUUAUUUGUAUAAAAUUUCCACAAAAUCAUCAAAACCUGCAGCCGUGCAGGAAGUGUUUACAUUCAGGGCUUUAAAGUCUCCAGGAAACCCCUCGAGGAUCCGAUGUUAACGGUGAGGCAGAUCUGAGCUGUCACUGAUGUCACGGGUGGAAAAGUGUGCAAGGUGGACGUUGGGACUGGCCAUUCUCUAAACUGCACCCCUUUUUGUGGGGGUCACGGGGUUCACCCCAACUUGAACUAUUCAGAUUGACCAAAGGUGUGACUUAUGGCUAUUCCACGUUUGCAAAAAUAAGUGCACCCUUCAACACAGAGGCCACUCCAUAACACACCUCUGAAAUGCUGUACUUGGAGCCGAGUGCAGUUAAUGUGACAUCUCUUAUUGCUCUUGGUGCCUCUGUUCUGUGUAAAAUAGCUGCAUUAACUUCAACUUGACAACAUAGGCGUUUUAAUUCUUAAGCUCGUUUUGGUAACACUUUAUAAUGACCAUCAGCUGAAUGAUUUAAGUGAUAAUUAAACUUUAGUUGAUUCUGUUAAGCAAUGAAGUGAUAAAUUAUUAGCUGGUUUCUAAAAAGUCACCUGGAUGUUAAUUGUAAAGUUGGAAACACUGUUCACACUGGCUGUUUUUAAAGAGUAAGUAGGCAAGUGAGAUGUUGAUGGUGUAAAUAUGGAGGCUGCAGUUUGUCCUUGACUGGCAGUUUUUUGUUUCCAGUAACUUAAAAAAAAAAAUAAAUUUUUUUUUACCACCCAAAUUUUCACUUCACUUGCAGUUUGCCAAGUAGUUUUUGGUGCUUAAAGUUAAAGAAAUGAUUGUGUCGUAGGUUUAAAUACAACAAGUUGGCAGUAACGGUUGCUGUGCUUCACAGGACCGGCACUAAUGGACACUGUGCUCUCCUGAGACACCGGCAGGUUUGAUUAAUCAUUCGACACCUUUGGGAACGCAAGACAUUAAACUAACUAUAUUUCAUAAAUUAUUUUUCUCACUCAAACUAAUGACUAACAGUCAUUACAUUGUUUGACAGUCAGCUGAUUAAACUUCAGAUGAUUAUCAGUUCACAAGUGAUGGUUAUUUUAAGGUGUUACUUUGUUGUGAAUAUGCUGCUUUUAUUUGAAAUAGUUUUAAUGUUGUGACUGAGUAGGUAGUCCUCAUUUUAAAUCAGUUUUUCCUAAUCUAAAGUAUUUGUCUGUAGAAAAAUGAAUGUAUUAAACAUCUUUCUCCAAA